AUGCAGAUGAGCUACUAUGAGGUCCUUGGGGUGGCCGAUAAUGCAUCCGAAUCUGAAAUCAAGCUGGCCUACAAAGAGAAAUUGCUUACGAACCACCCAGACAAAGGAGUUACCCAACAGACCCUGAUCACCUUGAUCAAACAAGCAUAUACGACAUUAGUCAACCCUGUUGAGAGACAGAAAUAUGACGAAUCUUUCAAAGAGAGCAUAAAGCGACUGGGGUUUAACGUAAGUGGAGACGGUCUAGACACAUACGGUUUGGAGGAAUUUGAAGAAGAUGAAGCAGGCUGGAAUAGAGAGUGUCCUAGAUGCCAAAUACGAGAGGGCAUAACGUUGACAGAAGAGGAUUUGGAGAAUGGAAGUCCUGACGGAAGUGGUGGCUACGAUAUAAUAGUCCAGUGCUCAAGUUGUAGUUUGUGGAUCAAAGUCAAAUACUACGAAGCGGAAUAG